AGUCCGAAAGUCAGUUCCUUUUUCUGCACCGUUCAUGACAGUUUCGAGUUGGUCAAACUGUCGUAUGUUUGAUUACAACGGCCACCACAUAUAAUACAUUACACUUUCUGCAGUCUAUAUUGCAGCAAACAGUGCAAAACUAAUCCUCGUCCUCGGUUAAUUCAUGCGUACCGUGUGUGUGACUAGCCCUAGUGAAGUACCGCACUUUGGUGGAACUACGUUACGCAUAAUUUAUGUGCCAUUACAACAUCUAGUUUGCUUGAAAUUGGAGCACUCGUUAAUCGAGACUGAAGUGUGGUGAAUGCGUGUUUCCACUGGCUGAAUUGCGAUUAUCACACACUUAUCGUCCGAAGGACGCAAUUUGCCAGAAUUAGAUAACGACAGUGAGAGUCGUUCAUCAAGGGAGGGAUCAGAAGCCAUAUCAAACUAGAACAAAGGAAGGGCGACACUUCGGAACCCGAUACUACAGCUGCUGCUGGUACUGCGAAAGAACAGAAUAAAUUACCUGAGCUGUCGGGAGCGCGUAGGAGGUGUGCCAGAAGAAGAGGUGAAGAACGAUCAACAAACCAUCGUACGAUACUCGGCUGCGGCAGUAGCAGCAGGCGCGCAGAGUGAAACGGAGCUCAUAUAAAAAAAAGCAAGACAACAAUAGUGUGCGCAAUAACAUCGGCCGCGCGGUUGGGUUUUUGCGCGAGUAGUGCGUGUUGUUUUUUUUUUAUUGUAUUGUCACCCAACGGAGCCUCGUGAUCCGGAUACGGAAGUUUAUUCCGACGGAUUUUACGCCGUAGAACACACAACGCGACAAAUGGAUACCGUCGAGACGGCAAAUCGUUUUGUGACAUUUGAAGCAGAGUCCAACGAUAGAGCGGAGAAGGUGCCACUGCUUCUGAGCAAUAUGACUUCCGGAUCAUCCCCACCGUUGACGAACGGCCAGCUGCUGUACAGCAAUUCCACCAACAACAAUGUCACCGGUUUGCACCACCAGAAGAAGCAAAACGGACAGACGCGGGCACACCACCCCGAGUGCAACGGAAAUGGACCUCUGCCAACAUCCACCAGGGACAGUGAGAGCGAUAAGAGGCACGAUAAGGAAGAGGAGGAACGUUCGGCCCGACAAUCGCUGAUCAUCCUGGCGGCGAUCUUCUUCACCAGCUUGUUUGCGAUGAUUUACGUGUAUGCCAUGUUCCCACAGCUGGAGGAGUCGGAAAAACAGUACAUCAAGGUGCCGUUCGAUAUCGAGGAUGCCAAGCAGCUGGGCUUGGUGCUGGAUCGGUACAAAGAUCUGUACUAUCUGGAAGUCAUGUUCGGUGUAAUUUUAGUGUACAUAUUCCUACAAACCUUUGCCAUUCCCGGUUCGCUGUUCCUAUCGAUCUUGAGCGGAUUCCUGUACAAUUUCCCCGUAGCGCUGGCUCUGGUUUGCUUCUGUUCGGCGCUGGGCGCCACCUUAUGCUACCUGCUGUCCCAGCUGGUCGGCCGUCGCCUAGUCAAGCACUACUUCCCCGAGAAGGCGCGAGUCUGGGCCCAACAGGUGGACAAACAUCGGGAGGAUCUGCUCAGCUAUAUGCUUUUCCUAAGGAUGACCCCUUUCCUGCCGAACUGGUUCAUCAACCUCGUAGCGCCGGUCAUCGGUGUGCCGCUGUAUCCGUUCGUGCUGGGCACAUUCCUGGGUGUCGCACCGCCCUCCUUCAUCGCAAUCCAGGCGGGAAAAACGCUGUACAAGAUGACCAGCUCCAGCGAUGCGUUCAGCUGGGGCUCCAUCUUUCUUUUGGCAGUAUUUUCGGUGUUUUCGCUCGUGCCAGUCAUAUUCAAGCGGUACUUCAAGGCCAAGAUCGACUAAGUGACUAAGCAGUACUGCUAUAAACUACACCGGUGCGGCGCGGUUAGUCAAACUCUACGGGGGCAAAACAAAAGCAUUCGAAAACAGCAUGUGAAUAGUAUAAUUUUAGCCAAAGAUAUGCAUGUGAAAAGCUCUGCAAAGAGUCGAAAACCCUGGAAGGAAGCUUUCUCCUGCGAGAGGGGGAAAAACAUAUACGGGAAUUCGAUACCGUGUUGGGACUCGAAAUAGGAUUAUCGGUAAGAUUAAGAGCGAGAUGCGAAAAAAGUUUGCACUGCGUUGAUGCGAAGCGAUGUCGAAUCUUCUAUUCAAAUAACAUCAACUAAUUCAACUAAUAAUUUUAUUUGUUGUAAGCUGACAGUAUGAAAUCAUAUUUUUUCUGUUUUUCAAAGUGAUACACAUUCUGUCGAGAACAACCACGUAUUUAUUAUUUGAAAACGUUAUCGAAUUGUCAGUUGUUUUUACAACAACUGAGGUUAAAAAACACAAUUUAUGGAUGAAUGAAAAGCUUUUCCGUUUGCAUUCUAUGGAAUACGGAAAUAAUGAACGAAAAUUGUUUGAUUUUGAUUUUAUAUUGACAUUUUAUAUGACAGAGUGUAAAUCUUUCAUCUUUUCAUUGAUAACAGAAAUUUGAAAGCCUGAUCACGAACGCCACUUCACGGUGAAAACGAAAUGAAUUCUAUGCAAGGUUAUAGACGGAUUUCGCGCCAACUCGUCUAUUGAAUUGGCAUGACCCUCUCAGAACUUAAUGAAACUUUCUGGGCGUGAAGACCUUACCUAAUUAAGCAACUUGGCAUACUUAGUUUUCCGAAAAUUUAUCUAGACUAACAUAUGGAAAGGGCCAAAUAUUUUUGAUUUUUUUUUAUAAUUUUUGACGUAGAACUACGUCUUUCAUUAGGGGUACCAAAUCAGAAAACAGGUCACGUUGUUAUGAAAUAAAGUUAACGUUAAUAACCUUUUUUUCCCGCGAACGGAUUUUGGCGAUUUACAUACCAAACGAAUCGGUUAUUUCCUUAGAUGUUUAAUAUGCUAUACAAUAUAAUCCCAUAGUCUGCAUAUGGUGAAAAUAAUGUAAAUUGGAAGCAUUCUUGUUUCCUCAUACAUUUGUUAUGUCCAUUUGUGUGCUUUCACGAACAGAGCUGUCAAUAACGAGUAACUUAUCGAAAGUCUCCGUGAACAAAGGAAAAGAAGAAGAACGAAGGGAAAUAUUUGCAUAAAGUAUAAACAGUGGAUCUCGAUGAGGCAAACUUUCAUUAUUCGUGAGCAAAUCGACUGAACAACAUCGUUGCUGGGCGAGCUAGACGGCGAGGGAUCGAAUGCCUUUCUCAAGGCAAUGUAGGAAGAGGAGUAACAUUAUGGAUAAAGUAAAGUUUUCCAAGGGCAUUUUUGAUGGUUACAGGCGAUUGAACUGAAGAAGUUCAAAGUCUCAAGCAAGAAAGGAAGGUAAACUUUCAGUAUCGUUCUGAAUUCAAAGCAAUGAAUAUCGCUUGAUCUUCCUUGUUUUGCGUCAUCACAUGUCUUCGUUUCGUAUUGAGCUGUGGACGCGUCCAAAUUACUCACUCGCUGAUGUCUCUGGCAUUGCAAUCAUUGCAUUAAUGUUUUGAGCUAUAAAAUUGUGUGGGGAAUCAUCAAACUAGGCUAUCUUCAGCUGACCAAGAAAAUAAUUUUCUGGAAUUUUGUCAGUGAUUUGGUUUCGCAUGACGGUAGGAAAACUCUCUCCACAAAGGAUGACAGCUAAGCUAAUCUAGACUGGCAAUAUUGACAGAAAGGGCUUCUGCUGAGAAGAGUGCAAAACGGAGAUAAGUGUGUGUAUAUUUAGUUGCUUCUAGCCAUCGUAUAUGGAUAUUUGUAUGCGUACGUGUGUGCUUCAUAAUCCGUACUUAAAAAAAGGUGCAUCUUCGCUACGCUGAAACCCCAUUUGUAACUGCUCCCGUGUGCAUUGGCCCAGUAACGAUGCAACAAUCGCCCAAUUUUUCUAUGCUAUGAUUGACGAUUGUGUGGUGUUGCAAAUUAUGCAAUCGUGAUGAUAAAUAUAAACAAGGAGAGGAGAUAGCAGGAGGGAAAUAUUUACGCUAGGGUAUUGGUAAUGAAUCUUCUGAGGCAAAUAUUCAGCCUUUUUCCAAGCAGUUCACAUUAUUUGUUUUCUGUCAUCAAUGCUUCGGACUGACGCUAUGGUGAAGCAGGUGUUAAGGUUGUGCACCAAAAAAUUAUUUGGGGAAUACCAAGUUAUUCAAUCAUUUAUAUCAAGUUAUUAACUUAUUUGGGCUCGCGUGCCAGUCGCAAAACUGCUUUUAACUAGGAUUGCGUUUGCGCUUAUCUUGAUCAUAAUGAAGCAGUGCUACUCUGUUCGAGGUUGUUGAGAUUAACAGAUAGAGUUUAUUUAGUUUAUUUAGUCAUCAAGAAAGUAAAUGUCGAUCUGAAAUUUUGUAUGAGAUUUGGUUUCGCCUGCCAGCAGCAAAACUUUUUCCACUAAGGAUGACAACUGUUCUUAUCUCGAGUGUGUAUUGUUCUGCGAGCACAAGAAUGAAUCAUCAAACAAUUAUCUUCAAAUGACAAUAAAAAAACAUUUCAGGGCGACCAAACUGGUAGAAUGAUCAUUUCAAAAUUUUCGUAGCAUUUUAAAAUAAUAUCCGCAGUUAUAAACAAGGGAUUUGAAUUUAACCAUAGCGUAGUUAUACGUCAACAAUUCGGUCGUAUCUUAAACACAACCUCCUAUAAGUUUUUUUUUACUUGAAAAUGACAAGUCCUACAAAAAAGUGAUCUAUGGAAAUAAUUUUUUUAGAAAAAUUUAGGAAUAUAGUUGAAUUUUCAGAAAAAAAAAAGCUGGAAAAGUGUGUGGAGUCGAUCUGGCGUAGUGGUAACAUCCAUGCCUCUCACGCUAAAGGUCACGAGUUCAAUUCUCACUCCCGACAUUCUUCCAAAAAUGGAAGUAAAAAGUGACGAACCAGCCAAAUGAGUUGAAAAUCACUAUAAUACAGAUAUCAAAAAAAAAAAAAGCUGGAAAAAUAUUUUUUCAAAUCCUACACUGAAGAAAAUUGAUUUCAAAAACUAAAAGUCGAUUUUCUCGAAAUUAUCAUCUCAGGUUUUGAUGAAAUGGUAGAUAAAUGGUAGAAAAAUAUUUGCCCUACAACUCUUCCGCGCAUCGCAACUUGUACAUAUUUAAAGCAAAAUAGUUUUUCUAACAAAAACUUUUUCAAUAUUUUAUUGAAGUUAA